GUCAUCUUCAUUUCCUCCUUAUAUGAGCUGAAAAGCAAUAUUUGUGAUAGUUGACAGCAGGCAAGCGAACACAAGAGGUUAGCGUGAGUAGCAAUAUCUGUAGAGAGAGAAAAUAUCUAGAUUAAAAAAAAAAAAGCAGAGACGUUAGUGUAGUUCAGAGAAUGUUGUUAGAUGUAUAUUUUUACAUUGCGUUGAGAACGUAUUUGAAACAGAAGACUGUGUAGGAACUACCCUGUAUUGCUGGAUGGUUGGCUGAGCUGUGGAGCUGUGGAGGAACAUUUAAAUACAAGUAUCUCCUUCGACUUUUACCCUUACAUCUCAGGUAGUCUGUGAUCUGGUGAGAUGUCAGAGGGCGGCGUGGGUACCUGCCCCCAGGUGUUUGUGGUGGAUAGUCAAGCCAGCUACAUUAACAUGCCCACUGAAAGGAAACCAAGGUGGACGAGUCAACUCCAAAAGUUUCUUCUCUUACUGGUAGGACUGGCCAUGUUGGGAAUUAUUGUCGAGGGAUUUUUAAUCUACAACCUUUACCAAAAAACCAAGGAAUUUCCUCUUUCUAGCCCUCAACAUCUCUAUCAGAACUUGUCCAACCCCAAAGCCCAAAGUCAAGUGGGAUAUAGAGGAGACUCCAAUGAGAUUCCAUCAGUGCAGACACAGACACAACAGAGAGCCUUUGCUCACUUGUUGGGCCCCAGUAAUUCUAUAGGGGAAGGCGAUGUGGUGCAGUGGGUAGAAGAAGGUGACGCCGUCACCCAAAACAUGAAGUAUGACAAAGGCCGACUGAUAGUAGAAAGGGAAGGUUACUACUAUCUCUACUCCAAAGUGCAAAUGAAUGCUGGAGAAGAGUGUGUACUUAUCCAGCACAAGGUCAUGAAGAAGACCAAAGCCUAUGACCACCCUCUAGAACUUAUGCAAUCAAAAAGUCAUCGCUGCUCAACCUCAAGACCUAUUCGUUUAACGUCUUCAGAACCUGAGGAUCUGUGGAACAGUUACUUAGCUGGGAUUUUCCAACUGCACGUUGGAGAUGAAAUUUAUGUCACAUUGAAAAAUAUACAGAAGAUUCGUCCAGGACCUUCUGAAAACUUCAUGGGGGCCUUCAUGGUAUCUCCUUAG